UUUAAGCCUAGCAGUCGAACCAGUAGUUCUGUGAAUUUCACCGCGGAAAGUCCUCCCAAUAAAUGUUUAUUUAAAAAACUAUAAUCUAUUUUUGACUUAAAACAGUCGCCAGUGUCUAAAUAAUGUUCGGAUGAAGUAAUAUUGUUUAUUUUUAUAUUUUAAAAUUGAUAAUUAAUUAAUUGAAGAAAACAAGAAGUAUUGCUUUUGGGGGCGUGUUUUUAAGGAAAAACAGAUAGAAUAAUAAUAAUAAUAAUAAGAAAAACCAUUAAAUAAGUCAAUAAUGAGGGACAUGGCGGGUAAAAUAUCGGAAUUAAAAUUUGAGGCACCCCUUGCACGUUUUGAAGAAGAAGAUACGGCGACAUUAAAAAAUAUGAAUUUAUUAACAGAACAUUUAUUGGACGCUAGCUUAGAUGUUAACUUUGGUGAAAAUUGCAAUGCCAAUGAACCGCCGACACACGAAACAACAACAACAACAACGACAGAUAUACUCCAAGAAGGAACUUUCAGCCCGUUUAGUGGGAGUCUUGAAGAUCUUGUAAAUACAUUUGAUGAAAAAAUAACAUCUUGCUUUCGAGAUUAUGCUACUGAUGUUGAAACUCUUGCUCCCGUCCAAGUAAGGACACAAGAAGAAAUAAUGAACGAAUGCCAGAUGUGGUGGACAAUAACUGGUACAUUUGGAAGUAUUUUACCAAUUGAUUGGAGUAAAUCGUACGCUAGAAAAAUGCAUUUGCCGUCGCUUAAUCUUAACGAGCCAUCAGUUGAAUCAAUGGAAAAACCCGAACUGGAUGAUUUAAGCAGCGAAGAUGAAGCAGUAGCUACAGAUUUAGACAUGCAUGCAUUAAUUUUAUCAAGUAGCACCGAUGCGACUCAUAGUCCUGAAGAGCCAUUGAAGACCGCUGAAGAAGUGCUGCGUGAAAUAGAUGACAUUAUGCAGGAAAGCCCAUCGAUGGAAAGGUCACCAGAUACUGACGGAUCAAUGCUGGAUACUGAUGAAGUAUUGGAACGAAGUCGCGAAGUUCUCGGUUCACCUUUAUACGAGAAAAAAUUGAAGCAAUUGUCAUCUAACGAGCUGAUUGGACUGCUGGGCGAAAUGGAAGCUCUGGUAGGUGCGCUCAGCGAAACAUUGAUUGCCGAGCUGGCUCUGAGGGAUGAACUGGAGUUCGAAAAAGAGCUGAAGAAUCAAUUUAUUUCUCUGCUUCUCGCUGUGCAAAAUCGACGCCGGCAGCAUCAUGUCACCAAGAAGCGCAGCAAUGGAACCAGCCCCUUGCCCCAGCACAGAUCUCUUCAGGAAUCUAAAUAUCUCACCACAGUCAUACCAUAUCAUACAGACAAUGGUCCGCCAAAUAAUCAAGCCCUACAAGUUUUAAUUAAAAUAUUGAAAGCUAUCAAUGAAGACAGUCCAACAGUCCCAACAUUAUUGACUGACUAUAUUUUAAAAGUUUUGUGUCCAACUUAAUAAAUUUGACUGCAUUACCAAGAAAAGAAGAAAACAAGAUAAUAAUUAUUUGAAUUAUAAACUUCUUGCCAUUUCGUGCUUGCAACCAUUGUUGUACUGCAUUUAAAACUUAUCAACAAACAAACAUAUAUUU